GAAGAAGGUCCCAAAACAGGCCAAGAGGCCUCCAAGACGGCCCAAUAGGUCUUCCGUAGCCAUUUCGGCUCAAGCUGCAGCGGCAGCAGCGCCAUCGGGGCUGUCACAAUUAAGGACAUCCUCUGCACAACAUAUCCAGUUUCCGAACUUUUCUUCGCGACAAUGACGCACGGCUUGUAUGCGUGCCUUAUUGUCUUACUGUUGCCGAGCGUAAUUACCUGCGUCCGCUUUUCAAAAUCGAUUGGGGUCGAGUCUCAGAAUGCGCUUGCCUCGUCAAGUGUGCCAGUGGCGCUGGCGACGGAGACGUCGUGCGGCGGCUACGGGUGGGUCAUUCCGAGUGGGAACCAUAAUCCGAAUUGGGGGUGCCCAUCUGGAGUAGAGAUCUGCGGCCAUUUCGGUUCGUACACCGUCUUUUCGGUAUCUCAGACGCUCCAUGGGUCCGGCUCUGCGACAAUUGAUUUCCAAAACACUUGGGGCACCGACGGCUUCAGAGGGGUUGUGAGGUUGUAUUUGAAUAACAAUCUCCAAAGGACUUUGACGAAAUAUGAAAGGGCUUCGGUGACUCUGAACUUCGUGAGUGGCGAUGUUCUUAAGGUCGAUGAGUGGGAUACCGUCCUAGCAGUGCACAGCGUCACGUUCAGUUGCCCGACGCCGUCCCCCACGCCGAGUCCGACGCCGAGUCCCACGGAGGCGCCCAUCAACAGCGGCCCAAUGGUCAAGGGCAUCGGCGACCCGCAUCUCGCCAACACGCUCGGCCAGAAGUUUGACCUGCUUCAGGCUGGGUACCACACUUUGGUUCAAAUCCCCAGGUGGGAGCGGCGUCGGAUUAAUUUCCUCGUGGAGGCGAGGGCGAGUCGCGCUGGGAGUGGGUGCGCUGAUCUAUAUUUUACGGAGGUCAACAUCAGCGGCACGUGGGCUCGUCGUCACAGGGCAACGGGCUUGCGUUGGGACGCCGAGGCUACGAGGCUGGCCAAACCAACAUGGAUGACCUUCCACAAUGUGGUCAAGGUCAAAAUUGUACAUGGCCGCACAGCCCAGAACACGAAAUACCUCAACAUCUUCAUAAAGGGGCUGCACGAGACAAGGGUCCCAGUGGGUGGCCUCCUCGGGGAGGACGACCACACUGCGGCCACCACCCCAGACAAGGGUUGCAAAGACAUCAUGACGCUGUGAGUCUUCUCCCGCCC